UCGAGCCGCCGCCGCCGCCGCCGGCUUUGUGCUUCCAGCCGAGGAUGGGAGCGACCUCUUCCUGAUCGCGAGCUGUCUCCAAAGGGAGCUAGCGCGCCCGAUCGCCCGGCGGCGGCGUGCAGGACCCCGGGAGGGAAUCCAUCCACAAGGCUCAGCCCAGGUUGGAACAUUUGGAAGUCACAUUGUACAACAUGCUGCGAUUACACCUCUCGCCGACUGUUUCAAUGGGCUUUCGUUUGGUCGCUAUGGUGGCUCUCGUGUUCUCCCAUGUUGACCGUAUAACUGCGGAGACAGAGUCGGAAACAGGAGGAAAUGAAACCACUGAAUGUACUGGCUCCUAUUACUGUAAGAAAGGGGUGAUUCUGCCCAUUUGGGAGCCCCAAGACCCAUCUUUUGGGGAUAAAAUUGCUAGAGCCACUGUGUACUUUGUGGCCAUGGUCUACAUGUUUCUCGGAGUUUCUAUCAUUGCCGACCGAUUCAUGUCCUCUAUAGAAGUCAUCACAUCUCAAGAAAAGGAAAUAACCAUAAAGAAACCCAACGGUGAGACCUCCAAGACUACGGUAAGGAUCUGGAAUGAGACCGUGUCAAACCUGACCUUGAUGGCCCUGGGAUCUUCCGCUCCUGAGAUUCUCCUGUCAGUCAUUGAAGUUUGUGGCCAUAACUUCACGGCAGGGGACCUUGGUCCCAGUACCAUUGUGGGAAGUGCUGCCUUCAACAUGUUCAUCAUCAUUGCACUUUGUGUCUAUGUGGUCCCCGAUGGAGAGACAAGGAAGAUUAAGCACUUGCGUGUGUUCUUUGUGACAGCAGCCUGGAGCAUCUUCGCCUAUACCUGGCUUUAUAUAAUUCUGUCGGUCAUCUCUCCUGGUGUUGUGGAGGUCUGGGAAGGGUUGCUUACGUUCUUCUUCUUUCCCAUCUGUGUUGUGUUCGCUUGGGUAGCAGACAGGCGGCUUCUCUUUUACAAGUAUGUCUACAAGCGGUAUAGGGCCGGCAAGCAGAGGGGGAUGAUUAUUGAACACGAAGGAGACAGACCAGCUUCCAAAACCGAAAUUGAAAUGGAUGGGAAAGUGGUCAACUCUCACGUUGACAAUUUCUUAGAUGGCGCGCUGGUUCUGGAAGUCGAUGAGAGGGACCAAGAUGACGAGGAAGCGAGGCGUGAGAUGGCGAGGAUUCUGAAGGAACUUAAGCAGAAGCAUCCAGAAAAAGAAAUUGAGCAGUUAAUAGAAUUAGCCAACUAUCAAGUCCUAAGUCAGCAGCAAAAAAGCCGAGCUUUUUACCGGAUUCAAGCCACGCGCCUGAUGACUGGAGCCGGCAACAUUUUGAAGAGGCAUGCAGCUGACCAAGCAAGGAAGGCUGUCAGCAUGCAUGAGGUCAACACAGAAGGGUCUGAAAAUGACCCAGUCAGCAAGGUCUUCUUUGAACAAGGGACAUACCAAUGUCUAGAGAACUGUGGUACCGUGGCUCUCACCAUUAUCCGCAGAGGGGGCGACUUGACCAACACUGUGUUAGUCGACUUCAGAACGGAAGAUGGCACCGCCAAUGCUGGGUCUGACUAUGAGUUCACCGAAGGGACUGUGGUCUUCAAACCUGGGGAGACCCAGAAGGAGAUCAGGGUCGGCAUCAUUGAUGACGACAUCUUUGAAGAGGACGAAAACUUCCUUGUGCAUCUGAGCAACGUCAGAGUCUCUUCUGAGGCUUCAGAAGACGGCAUCCUGGAAGCCAAUCAUAUUUCUUCCCUUGCCUGUCUUGGGUCACCCUGCACAGCAACUGUGACCAUUUUUGAUGAUGACCAUGCAGGCAUCUUUACAUUUGAGGAGCCAGUGACUCAUGUGAGCGAGAGCAUCGGCAUCAUGGAGGUGAAGGUUUUGAGAACAUCGGGAGCGCGAGGAAAUGUUAUCGUCCCCUAUAAAACCAUUGAAGGGACGGCCCGAGGGGGAGGAGAGGACUUUGAGGACACCUGUGGAGAGCUCGAAUUCCAGAACGAUGAAAUUGUCAAAACAAUUGCAGUCAAGGUAAUUGAUGAUGAGGAGUAUGAGAAAAACAAGACCUUCUUCAUUGAGAUUGGAGAGCCCCGCCUGGUGGAGAUGAGUGAGAAGAAAGCCCUGUUAUUGAAUGAGCUUGGUGGCUUUACACUAUCAGGAAAAUACCAUUCUGGCCAACCUCUCUUCAGGAAGGUUCAUGCUAGAGAUCAUCCGCUUCCCUCCACUGUAAUCAGCUUUUCAGGUACUCGUUUCCCUGUGGUCCUUGAAAAACCACAGCUUUCAGACGAAUAUGACGACAAGCAGCCGCUGACUAGCAAAGAGGAAGAGGAGAGGCGCAUUGCCGAAAUGGGGCGCCCCAUCCUGGGAGAGCACACCAGGCUGGAGGUGAUCAUUGAAGAGUCUUACGAAUUCAAGAGCACUGUGGACAAACUCAUUAAGAAGACCAACCUGGCCCUGGUGGUGGGAACAAACAGCUGGAGGGAGCAGUUCAUCGAAGCGAUCACCGUCAGCGCUGGGGAAGAUGAUGAUGACGAUGAUUGCGGGGAGGAGAAGCUGCCCUCCUGUUUUGAUUACGUGAUGCACUUUCUCACGGUGUUCUGGAAGGUUCUGUUUGCCUUCGUCCCCCCGACAGAAUACUGGAAUGGCUGGGCCUGUUUCAUCGUCUCCAUCCUCAUGAUUGGCCUCCUGACAGCCUUCAUUGGAGAUCUGGCUUCCCACUUUGGCUGCACCAUUGGUCUGAAAGAUUCCGUUACUGCGGUGGUGUUUGUCGCUCUUGGAACCUCAGUGCCAGACACAUUUGCCAGCAAAGUAGCAGCCACCCAGGACCAGUACGCAGAUGCAUCCAUCGGCAACGUCACCGGAAGCAAUGCUGUGAACGUCUUCCUGGGGAUCGGCGUGGCCUGGUCCAUUGCUGCCAUCUACCACGCAGCCAACGGGGAACAGUUCAGAGUGUCACCUGGCACCCUCGCUUUCUCGGUCACGCUCUUCACCAUUUUUGCAUUCAUCAAUGUGGGGGUGCUGCUGUAUCGGCGGAGGCCAGAAAUAGGAGGUGAGCUGGGUGGGCCCCGGACUGCCAAGCUCCUCACAUCCUGCCUGUUCGUGCUCCUGUGGCUCUUGUACAUUUUCUUCUCCUCCCUGGAAGCCUACUGCCACAUAAAAGGCUUCUAAAGGAACGAUCAGAUAUAGUAAAUUUAUAUAUAUACAUAUAUAUACAUAAAAAAAUUAUGUAUAAUGAACAGAGGAAACUGACAUUGGUCAUGUUCACUUAACCUGCUGAUGGAAUCCAGCUUCAAGAGCAUACUCUGUACUAGGGCGGAAGUCAGAAACCACCAUCUCCCUCCCAUUCCCGGGGCAUCAUCGUGUUGAACAAGGCGUGGAGGCAGGGCCAUCUUGCAUCUCAGCCUAGAAGGGCUGGACUCUCUCCAAGUUCAUAAACCGUUAAGGUUUUUAUUUGUUUUUCUUGUUUUGUUUUGUUCCCGAUGGGGCCGGGGAGGUGGUGGUUGGCAUUUGGUUCAAUUUGGUUUUACCUUGUUCCGUUUGGAGAGCUAGGAUCCUACUUCUUUUUAUGGGAAGCGGUGAUCCACCCCAAGGUGAAUGGAAGUCAUUACGAUUCUCUCCUCACCGCCUCCAAACACUUUACACAUUACUUUGGAUUAAGGAAGGAGCUGGGCAUGGAAGAAGAAAGAAGCCACGUCUUUACUAUAUUACCAAAUUUUUCUGCUUAUCUCUGAGAUGUGAACAGAGGCGAACUGCCUCAAGGAAGCAAAGCAUGGGAACUGAAAUGGAGCCAGGAAAAGCAAUGGUUCUAGACGUAGCUAAGGAAAUGGUGCCUGGCAGUCUUGUUCAUCAGGCACAGGGAUAACGUGCCUAGAUUCCCAGGAACACACAGAACUCUUCAUCCCUUAACCUCUUGAGCUCUGAACUGUGAUUAGCAAGACCUUUAUUCCUUCCAGCCCAGCUAAUUCCCCAGGUAUCCCAUCCCAGACCUCCUCCUGCCCACCACCCAACCCCCUGCAAGCAGGAAGAUUAACCCCAUCCAAAAAAAAAAAAAAAAAGAAGAAGAAGAAAGAAAAAGAAAGAAAUCAUCAUCCUUUUGGUCAUCACAUGUGUCCAGGUCCCACAUUGCUGUUGCCUGGGAUUUUUCCAUCCGUUUUAUUUUCCAUGGCUUGCACAAUCCUGUUCCAGUCAUGACUGAACAUUUGCCCUCCUUCAUGUGCCUGUUUGGGAAUGUUGUUGUGAUCCCCAUUACACAGUGCAUGGACAAAAAAAAAAAAAAAACAAAACAAAUAAAACAAAGAGUAUCUGUAUAUAGUAGCGUAUAGCAAAUACCGUUCUCCCAUUCAGCGACGUUGAUUGGACAUUGAAGACGUAUGUGAGUUUUCUUUUCACCUGAGUUGUUACUUUUGAGUUGUUACUGAGUUUGAAUACCAGUAGGGGGGAAAAAAAGAAAAAAGAAAAUGGCUUAAUGUUCAUGAAUCUGCACGUUCAUUUUUAAGAAGCAAUAAUUGUCCCUGUGAGGAGAGAUUAAUUAUUGAGAGGACCGCAGGAAAACUACAGAGAUCUCCAUGGGAUGUUAGCCAUGUAGAACGUAUCAGAGGCCUCCAAGAUUCACCCAUCAUUAAUUCGGGCAGGCCAAAGAGAGAGGCUGGGGAGAAAAGUGGAUGCUUUGGAUGUGCCUGGACUUUGAGAGCCACACUUUUUCCCACACUACCCCUCCCCCAAAGUAUUUAUUGCACAUCUGCUCUGUCUGGCACAGAAGGUGGAUAGUGCUACUUCGUUUUAUUUUUGUAUGUAGAAGGCCAUUUUGAGCCCUGCUUCAUUCACCUUCCAGACCCUGAAUUCAUUAGCAGGAAAGGAAACCAGGGUGACCAGUAGGCCCCCUAAAGUCCCCUGUGUGUGACAAAGAGGAGAUGAAUCAAAGGGACUGGACCGAGGCCUCCUCCCUGGAGGAUUACACUGGGGAUUGUUAACCCUUUGAAGGAAACAGCUCUUUCUAUUCAAAAAUACCAAAGAGCAAAGUAAAACCCAACAUUCCAAAAGUAGUGGUGGCUUCACCCAUCUUCUCAGAGACUUCUCUGAGACCUCUGUGGCCCUUUGCAUUGAUUCAAAGAUACUUAAGUAAAUGUUGCUGAGACCUCCUUUCUCUUCUUCCGCUGUGAUCGUAACUGUCCAUUAUUUAAUAAACAUUUUAGUGACUGAGUGAAUAGUUAGAUACCUGUUACCCAUUCAAUAGGCCAGGUAAUAUACUACCUCCUGGUAGCUGAACAGUGACCAAGACAGCCCAGAUUCCCACCCCCAGGAGGUAUGUAGUGGAUGGGAUUCCUAUUCAAAUAGUAAGAGUUGACCUAACCAUACUGAGAGGGUUUAUCUUGCAAGAGAAAAAAUAAUUAUGACUUCUUUUUAACACAAUCACAUUAAAAUUGUACAACAAAAGCAGUUGACCAAAUGCUCAUGUUUUUUUCUGGAAAGAAUGUAAUGUUUAGCUUUGGAAAAGUAUUCUUCAGCCUUGGCCAACUGGUAGGUUUGUUUAUCUUCCUACUUUAGACCAGGCAGGGUAAUCAUGGUGGUGACCAAAAUCACUGAGAAGACAGGGUUAACCUGUUUUUAAUCUAUGUGGCAAUGAUACCUUUCCAUAACAAGAUACCACAGCCCACCAACAUUGGUGACACUGGUGACCCUUGGAGAUACAUUCUAACCCAUCUUGUUUUGAUUUUUUUUUAACUUCAUUUUAGAUUUUAAAAGUGGAAAGCUAGCCUAGAACUACUCAGUAAAUACAGUCCAAGUAUAUACAUGAUUAAAACAUUAGAAAGGUUUUUCACUGUUUUGUUUGUUUGUUUGUUUGUUUUUUACAUUCCAUCUUUGGAAUGCCAAUUAUCCUGUAGUGAAUUUUCACAGAGAACUUCCCAAGAAAUUCUUGCUGUUGGUCAGUUUCAAGUUCAAGUUUUUUGGUUUGUUUGCCUGUUCAGUCUUCAUGCUGUAGGGAAAAUAUAAUUCUGGAUGUUCAGGGUUGUUAAUUAUUAUGUGUAAAAUGAUUUCAUCUUAUUUGUUUGAUUAUUUUAUUUUGUGUGUAUUGUGCACAGCUGUAGGAGGACAGGCACUCACAGUGCUGUUCCUUAAAAUUGGUACACAUUAUUGACACGGAAAAAAAUAAUAAAGUUUCUAAUUGUUUGUGAUUUCAUCACCAGCGGCACAGCAUAGUCUGUUCUGUGGAAUGCCUCCCCUCAUGAUCACCUACUCCAUUCUCCAUUGCUUGUUUUUAUGUUCUGAAGAAAUAAAGACCAAAAAGGGAUCAGUGUGCCCGUGGUAUCCUCAUCCAUGGGAAAGGAGACAGCCAGAAUUCAGGGUCGAGCAACCAUCAGCUCUUUGGUCAUGCAGUGUUCUCAUUUAAAUGUCCCAAGAGUGGCACAUGGAGUCUGAGUGUCUGUCUGUCCUGUGAUACUGUGAUCAACAUUGGAUGUGCCUUGUUUCCAUUGCUUUCUCACCUUUUAGUUUAACUCUAUCUUCUUGCUUUUGGCACCCAAGAACAUGGACUCAAACUAUGAAUGGUCAGGCAACUUUCAGCACACAGCACGGUAUACGAAAGCCCAUCACAAUGGUUAUUGGAAGAAAAGUUACUUCCCAAGGGGACAAGCAGCUUGCCCACUUGGUAUUAUGUAUUAUAUUUCUUCUUGCUCCCAGUAUAGCUUAUGCGUUAUGUUAUUAAUUUCUGGCUCUAUGAAUUGUAUAAAUUACUGGGUUUCCUGUCUCAUACAAUCAAAAGAACACAGAAGAGGUGACACCAGACAUAGAAUAGGAAUUAUGGGGAAAAGAAGAGUGCCCUCUUACCGUGGUAGAUUCUCGACAGACGGUAGGUGCAUGAAAAUGACACUCUGUUCAUCUGAUCAUCUUAAAGAUUCCCACAGAAUCUUUCAUCACAGCUUCGUGUGGGCACGUGUGGCACAUUUUCAAGGGGGAAGGAAGUAAGGUCCAAUUUGAACACUUUUCUUGAGUCAAAGAAUCGAUAACGCCUCCUGAAUAUUGAUCUUUAAUUUCAUAGCAAAUUGGCAGCCAAAGUUUACUUCUUGAACAAAGAGCAGAGUGAGGACUAUAGUGGGGAUCCUUGGCCAUUUACUGGACUUGAGCCCAGUUCUCUGCCUGAUGAACUCUCAAGUGCUGAGGAGCAAACGUCUGUUUGUUCACAGACAGUGAUCCAGGGCUUCCAACCAGGAAGCUUUCAGAGAACCUUGCUCUCUAUAGUAUAGGUGCACUAAGUUUUUGUGGCUGUUGCUUCUCAAAUAUAAGAUGAUAGCAAAAACGCACUGUCUGAAACAAGCCUGAGGGAUGGACAGGUAGCUAGCUCCUUGCAUCUCACGAGCAUCCCCUCCCCAAGAAGUGAUCUCAACCCAAGCAGAAACACAUUGUUUCCAUCAUCCUUUCCACACCAGGCCUUCCUCAUUAGAAACAUCAUGUGUUCACAUUUCUGGGCUUAAGCUCUCAAAAGAAAAUGAGAGGGGCCAGUUUGCUCUCACAUCUGACAGCUUUGUCGAAGAAAUUAGAGCCCCCCCCCUCUUUUUCUAAAGCAACUCAGCUUCAAGAAGACGUCUUUCAUUUUCCUUCUGAGUUGAAAAUGUGGUAUCCAUCUCUUGAUUUUGAUUUUCCUUUUUCUGAUCUUGGGAAACUAUACCCAGAGCAAGUCGUGGCUGGACCUUUAUGAGUUUAAGAAUGUGUGGCCAUUUCCCCAUCGACAAUGUACAUCCUAACUUACAACUAUCAUCUACCAUGCUCUAUAAGAAUCAUGCCUCUUGGGCAAGGCAUUCUAACCAUUGGCAAAAACUAGAAAGUGUGACUAUCAGGUUGGCAAAUAAGUGGUGUGUCACAGAAAAGAGACAUGCGAAACCACAUUUAUCUUACUGAGGACAUGUGUUCUUGUGAAUAGAUUCAUUAAUGUGUGUUCGUGACUCCCUACAUAUUUUAUUUGAUUUCUUUUGUAAUGGAUUGGGGAUUUUGCUAUUCUUUUCAAACACUAUUAUUGCCGUAGCCAUUGUUUUCACCCAGGCCCGCACAUUUCAAAGGUUGGGUGGUCCUGAUGGUACUCUAUCACCAGGGAUACCGUGGGAAAGCAACAUAACUGAAAUAGUCAGGUGUUUCAUUCUUAAUACUUAACCAGGCCAUGGGUAACAAUCUCCCAAAGCAGAGAACGUCCUUCCCGCAGAAGGGCCAACCACUGAGAGGUAGAAUUCCUAAGAGAGGCAGGGGGUGCUUUUGCUGUCCCGUCCAUAGGGAAUGGUAAGUAUCCAGCUUGCUGUGACUUUGCCUCAGCCUGCCAAGGUGUCCAAACAGAUGCACUCAAGAAUCUCCAGAUUUUUCAGUUUUGUCAAAGGUUCUCUGAUUCCAUUGCCUCGAGGGACAUUGACGCAUCAUGAGUAACUUUGAUGUACUUAACUUUACAGUGCAGCCUUUCCUACCAGUAUUGCCCAACUUCUGUCAUUCUUCAUCGGCCACCCUUAGUGCACUCAAUAAACUUUGUGACGCCCACUGUUAGUGCUCAUCAACAGGGGAAGGCUCAUGCUACAAGGAAUUGCUCAGGAAUUUUUCUCCAGAGAGCGAACUUGUCAUAGAAAAUCAACUAGGAUGACUUUCCACAGAGACAACAGAUUUUAGAACAAAGUGUAGCAUCUCCACAAAUGCUUGGGAUGUGUGGUACCCUAGAGUUACAUGCUAAUUCACUAAUGUCUUUGGGGGUCAUAUUUAUCAUGCCCAGUGUCCAUCUCAUGGCCUAUUCUAUCAAUAUCUGUAAGUACAGAGUGGGAAAAAAGUAAGACAUAUGUCCCAAAACCCCAUGAAGAGCUUCUUCUAAAGGCGUCAUACGUAAACACAGAAAAAUAGAUAUGACUCUAAGAACUAUGAGAGGCUUGAGUGUUUCACUGGUUACUGUGUUUCGGGUAGGCAAUGUGCAGGAAAACUCACAUUAAUGACCAAAUAGACCAAGAAAGAAAUGACCACACAUCAGGGUUACUGGACCUGCUUUAAUAGUUAACGCAGAGAGCCCAUCCCUAAUAAUUUGUGUGCUACAAAGACAAGUAUACUCUGCCAAAUCUAAGAAUGUACUGGAGGCAGGGAACGCUGAUUAUUGGGAUGACUAUACAGCCCUCUCUACCGGCACUCCUUGCCAGUGAGUGUACAAUCUGCAGAACUGCUUCUUAGACUCCCUUGCAAACAUGUAGUAGAGGAGAUCAGUUUUGCAAGAAGGAGAUCUUUUCUAAAAGUGUGGUUGUUCAUUUGCAAUGUCCCACAUCCAUUGUGAAGAUCACAAUCCUGAGUUUUCUUUCCAAAUAAGAGGACUACCCCUAUGUAUUAAAUGUAUUCAUUAAACCAGAUAUGGAACUGCUUCACAAAAGAUUUCACCGAAGAAAUAAACUAGGCAGUACUUCAAUGAUAUGAAUCAUAUGAUCGUAAUGGUUGCUUUUGUGAAAAAAAAAAAAAACAGACUCUUUGUGAAUCUUUCUCUACAUUGCCAAAUUCGUUUUAGCAAACAUUAGACUUGAAAAAUAUCCCAAAGAAAAAUCUUAGGAGUUUUUCCAACUGCAUUGCAGUAAUGCUCAUGGAAUCAAGAUGUAUGGUUAAGAAAAUGAUAUGAAUUAGCUACACUUUGACAAGAUUAUAUUUUUUAAAUGAAAUAAUUUGGCACAAAGAACAUGUGUUAAGUAGAAUUUCAUCACGUAUUACCCUUAUUUAAGAUAUUUGAAAGUCAUUAACCUUAAGUAAGAAAGAGUCCCAGUUUCCUAAGACAACUAUGUAAUUUAAACUCAUUCUCCUGUUUGACAUGAAAAAUCAAAGCUGGGCAUAUAUAGUUUUUGGCUUGGGCAACUAAAGAAAAGUAUGCUUUUGGCAUACUUUCCAUGUCAUUGAAUUAUUUUAUGGAAUACAUUAGAGCUGUGCAGAUGUCUCAUAAAAAUAUUUUUCAAGAAUUUCCUUCCAUUUUUAAAUGUAUAAUGCUUUUAAAUUACUCAGCUUGGUAACGUAAUACUUCCCCCCUUUUAAAAGAUGACUUUAUUUUGAUAUUGUUACUACCAUUUCAGGACUAAUUAUAAUGUUGAAUCGAUAUAUGGAAUGGAAUAUUGAACUUGAGUCUUGCCCCUGUAACCACAUGGUCCAGGCAGAUUUACCAGUAGUUAAAUGUUUCUGAUAGACCAGCAUUCUUGGGUAUAACUAAUGUGAAUGUUGCAUUUAGUCUUUUCUUCUACCAAAGGCUUGCAUUUUAACUGGUGCAAAACCAAGUUCAAAGUAUUUGGAUUACUAGCUGUAAGAUUCUUUUCCUUGAAAUGGGACAUUGUUUCAACACUGGCUCCCCUCUAUCCUAUUUCUCCCACACCAUACAGAUAUGUACAUUAAAAACAAAAAUGAGUUUCACAUGUCUAGUAACUGGAACUGCAUUCUACAUAUCUAGGGUUGCCCAGAAAUCCAUGUCAACUUAGUUUCUUUCAAAACAUAUCUCUGUCAUAAAUGGAGCAAAGUUGCUCUUAAAGGUGUACAUUCCAAGUUGUUUGAGAACUGUUUGGAAUAACAAGUAUUCUUCCCAAAACAGAUGUAAAAAUCUUUUUUAAAAAAAGAAGAAAUUCAUCUUUAUUUUGUUUAUUUAGCCAUCAUUUCAGAUAGGAAGCCUUUAGGGUUGAUUUUGUUCUGUCUGCUUUUUUGAAUGAGUGUCAAAAACAGUUCUUGGGAAAAAAAUUGGUCAAGGCCAAAUUCUGGAAGUUAAUAGGAUGGAAUUUUAUAUUUUCACUUGAGAGAUGGUACCAAGCAGCCAGGUAACCAUGUAUCAGUUAAUACUUUCUAGAAAUGUAUUUUGGCAUGUUGGGAGAUACAGAGGAGGGGUCUCACCCAAUCUGUCCACAGAUAUUUUAUCACCCAGCCUAUGGAUCUUUCACUAGCUCUUUUUAAGGUUAGAUACCCACAACAGAGCCAACACCCUCCCCACAACUUUCAUGCCUGUUAAUUGUUUAGUCUCUGCCAUUUCUCCUCCAAUACCCUACUAGCCCGACCAACCAGUUGCCCAUGAGACUUCUCAAGCCGUCCUCUCAGGGCAAGGCAUGGAGCUGGACAGGUGCAAAGCCUUUGGAAAUCAUUUACAAUUGUUACCAUUAAGCCUUCAAAAAAUGUUUUCCUUUGAAACUCCAAGAACAGAGUUUCUGCUGUCAUCAGUAUCUUACAGGAACUUUGACUCCAGCGGUCAUGUCAUUGGUCAAAUGAAAAGAAAGAUUGCUUUGUUACUGCUUAGGAUUCCUUUCACACUGCUUCAGAGCUUCCGCUAAUCAAUAUCAGCUUUCACAGCCAGUAGUAUUCUGUCUUUACCUCAAAUUUAGAGUUGUUUCAUUUUAAAAAAAUCAGAAUUAUUUUGGGUCUCUUUAAAGGCGUGACAAAAUAUUUAAUAAUUUUUCAAAACCAAGACAGAAGGAAGGAAGAGUCUGCAGAAGCUGCUGGGUUAGAAAUGAUGACAGAGUUUUUAGUGGACUGUCUCGGUGUUUUGCCCUUCUUGGUAACUUUAUAUUUACCCCAUUCCCAGUAGAAUGUUCUCCAUACUCAGUCUAUAAGAGGAUACAGAAAGAGCAAGAGCAUUGGUCUCCACUUUCUAUCUUUUUAAAUCCUCCCAGGGAAGAGAACAGCUAUUUCAGAGCAUAUAAUGUAGGGGACAGGGGAAUGCCAACUACUUCACUGGUUAAACCAAAAGCUUUGAACAAAAGCACACAUCAUUUUGAGUGUCUCUAAAUUAAUCCUGUGCUCAGUAAACAGCUAUCAUAAAAUGGGUGGAGCUAGAUCAAUAUCAAAUGGGUGAUUUCAGAUUGACAAGGGGUCAGAUAAAAGUCAAGCCAGAGAGGCAUAAAAUGAGCCAGUUUAACAAAGCCCCCAUCCACGAUCACUCACUGACUAUCCACUAAGUUCAAACUUCGAAAAAUAAUAAUAAUUCAGUCUAGCCAGUGGAGCCAUUUCAAAGUCAGACUUUAUGUUUUUGACACGAACUCAUAAUCUUCAAGCAUUUGUUUUGAUAAAAUGUUGUAUUAAGUAUCAUAAGGUAAGGUGAAGAAUUAAAGGCAGAAUGACUUAAGACAAUUAACACUGGCCCUGGAUUUAAUCAGAUUCCAAUUACAGUCUUCUAAUUAAAUUAACCUUUCAUUUUGGUCUAAGGAUAUUUUAUGAAUGUGAGAUUAUUUAACGGGGUCAUUCUGAAACUGAUCAAAGAACUUCCCUUUAAUAAAAAUAGAAGUAAUGAUUUUCUUAAUUUUCACAUUCUAUCUUUCACCAUCAAGAUGAAUGGGUUAGGAUUCCACUAGCGCAUUCCAGAGUCUUCUAUGAGCCAAUCACCAUGUGAGACUGGGCUGUUAGUUAGCAUUUCAAGUUGUAGAAAGCUUGUUCUUGGCAUCAUUUGCUUUGUCAUUAUCGAAGUUCUUUCUACUAACUACCAACAUUGAAUGUCCUUGACGUGGUGGCUUCUGGCUCCUCUCUGAGCUAAAACUGCAUUCUUCAUCAAUUGACAGCAUCUAGAGAAGAGGACCUUAGAUUCUCUCUGAGUACAUAGUGCUCUCUUCAUUUGAAUGCCCAGUCAUCAUCAGAGAGGAGACUCAAAGGCUUUCUCUUUUGGAAAGGUAGAUAGAUCUAUGUGUUUCAGAAAGUUAUGAAUCUUCAGAUCCCUCCGGCUUUUGUUUCAUUGCUACAUGACAGAUGGAUGAUGACUUCAUGUCGUUGUUUUCCAGAACACAUUAAGCCCCCCUGUGGUCAGUAGCUUCCUGUUUCCUUCCUCUGGUAGGCAUGAGCUAAAGAUGCUUUACAUUGCCAACCAGUUGCUCCUCCUUGUACUCAAUUAACAGAACAAGUACAAAGCCAAUUGAGCCACAUGCAUCUGGGAGGAACUUACCAAUUUAUUUGAAAAUAAUUACUUGUACACUGCUGGGCGGAGGGAAUGGGAAGUUUCCUCCAUUUGAAGAAGCGCCUAAAAGGUUGGAAUGGAUUUCAACUCAUUGACCUUCUGAAGGCCAAAUCCAUUCUUCUUCUAAGGGUGACCUUUAAGUUUUCACAAUGUCUCACACUGAAAAUAAUUCCCCUUUUAUUUUGCAUUCCUUAAGCUCCCCAACAGAUAGGAGAAAGAGAUUGUCAGCACUAUUUUCUACUAAACUAUAUAAAAUUAUGAACAAGCUGCCCAGUGGCCAGCAGUCCACCCCUUCCAAGUUUAUUUAAAAGUACAAGUAUUCUAGAGGAAAAUGAAAAAAAAAAAAAAAAGGAUACCAUUUGCUACAGAUUCAAUUGUCUGUUAAAUACCCUCUUUGUUAUGGAGAAAUGACUACUCCAAAAGAUUUCACAGAAAGACUUCUUAAAUCAUAACCAUAGCAAUUACCUGGACUGCCACAGCCACAAUGCUUCCUUGGUGAUCUGAAAUGGAACAUAAAACACAGAAAAAGCAUGUAGACAUUUUCACAAGGAAAGGAAGGAAAAAAGUAAUAACAGAGCUCUGCUUAUGUAAACAAAGAAUAUUUCCGUGGAAUGAAUGUAAGCUUUCUCUUGAAGGAAUCCCAAUUGGAAUGUCUUAAGAAAUGACAAAACUAUUUCAACAUCAGUGGGAGUAAUGCGUCCCAGUUUUAUUAGUCCUGAGCCACAAAGCCAAAUUUGUGACGGGGAAGGAAGGGGUAACCAAACAUGACUGACACAUUGCAACAGAAAAAGUGGCUUUGUGAGCCUCAGCGUAGAGAGGAGAAAUUUAAAUGGGUAAUAUUUUUGUUCCAAGUAUAAUCAUUUCUGUGACUGCCGCUUGGGGAUAAAAAUACCCUUCCUUUUCUCAUUAUAGGUUUCCAUCCAGAGCUGCCGUUCAGUUGCAGCAAAUGCAUCAGAUUUUUAAAUUGCAACGAUUCUGUCACAUCAAAUUUGACCUCUAUUUCACUUUUGAUUAAGAAAUAGUAAACUGAAAAAAAAAAUAGGGUUUCAUCUUUGUAAAAAUAAAUAUGCACCGUAGGCAUUUUUUGCUGAUGGCUGCCUUAAGCAAUCCUGGUUGUGCUGUCAAUCAAAGGGAAGCCUUUGCUUAAGGAAGAGAAAGUCCUUUCUCCAACAAACUCAGCCUUCCUUCCAUUCACACAAAUGCCUGUCAAUCUUCAUCAACCCCUGCCAGAGCCACACCCCUUAAGCUGACCCAGGUCUUCCAGCCAAGCAAAUUGCAAUCUCUAAUUCUGCCUGCUUACUGGCUUGUCCCCCUUAACUCGUGCUCACCGGACAGCCCAGAAUGUCCCUUGAAACCUUCCCUCUGUUCAAUCUUUUCCAGAAGCUCUUGGGAUUAGCAAACUUUCACACGGAUUUCACUAAGAAAACAUCAACAACUCAUUUGCUUGUGCUCAGCCAAGAAACUGUGAACACAUUUAGUCACAGCGUUAAUUACCCUGAAGUGAUAAGGUGACUGUCACCUAAGUGGUGGAAGAGGAUUGUAAUGUUAUUACGAAAAUAACAUUAUAUGAAGAAAGAGUGUAGACUUUUCUAGAAAUGGACUUUCAGGGCAUCACGUUUAAUAACAUAGAAAAUUAUAUAGGAAGGCCAGAGCAUAAAACAUGGGUUAGAAUUAUAUUUUAUGGACACGUUUAUUAUAUAUGCUUGACUUUCUAAACCUAAAAAAUGGUCUAUAAUUAAACCAACACCCAUGGAAUCUAGCCCUUGCUACUUGGUGAGCUUCUGGAGAGAAAAUCCAGUAUUGAUCUUCCCAUCCCACAUGGAAAAGCUUUGAUGUAAGAAUGCAAUUAGGGUGACAAGGGUAACUAUAUAAAGGUUGUUUUAGAAUAAGCAACUACAGCGAUUCUUAAAAGUUUGGUCCGCAGCCAAGCCGCAUCAGCAGGGACUUAGGAAACCUGUGAAAUAUGCAAAUCAACUGCUCCCACUUGAGACCCCAGCCCUCCCUCUAUAAAUCAGAAAUGCCAGGAGUAGGCGCCGCACUGUGGGUUUUAACAAGCUCUUUGGAUCGUUCUAAUGCAUGCUGCAGUUCAAAACCAUCGAUCCACACAGUGCUCUGCAUGGCUAAGAAUGAUCAAUGUCACCCCCUCUUUAACUCUGCUCCCCCAGAAAGAAGCUUAAAGGCUUAAAUGGCAGCCUUCCUCUCGGCACAAUAGACUCAGACAUGUGGGUUAAAAGUCCAUAAUUCAGACUUAGAAUUAAUUCAAUUUGAAGGAAAACUAACUUUACAGUGGCUUCUUGUUUUUUCUUCUUUUCUUUUCUUUCUUUCUUUCUUUUUUUUUUUUUUUGAAUGGGACUCCAGAAAUCCUCUCUUCUCUGAGUCUUUCUUUUAAACUAUAACUGUGCAUGUACUUUACCUGACCACCCCACAGUCCAGAAAACAACUAAGGAACCUGUCUCUCAUGGUUGGUUAUCUGGGUUAUACUUAAUGGGAAACUAUUUUGUAGUGGUCCUGCAUCCUGCUGAAUGAAUGUCUUCUGGUUUGAGGAGUGGGAGUCUACUGAGGUAGAGUGACUACUGGUUAGAGUCUGGGAAGCUGAUUCAAGAUAAACCACAGGGCUCAUAAGGCUUGGACACAACAGGAGGCGCCAUAGGCAUCACUCUAGGUCCCCCCUGGGGUCAACUUCCAAGGCUCUCUUGCUGGCACUGGAGUGCUGAAUAUUCAGGUCACUUGGCAGAUGGGAAUGUCUUAAAAAGCUAGGCUAAGAUAUUGAGUUAUGUGAGUAUGUGUGGAUACCUGUCUGUCCUCUAAAAUCUAACCCAAAACCCUUGAGUACUUAAAAUACCUGCGUGUGUUUGUCCUUGCUUUGGAGCCAGAAAUGCAAUUCAAGAAUCCAUGUGCCUCUGCUGUUGCUGGUCAAAACUGAGCGCUGAUUGUCCAUUUGCGCUGGUGGUGUGGGGGGAUGCUUUCCCGAUAAAGCCCUCUCUCUUGCCCUGUACCUCUCAAACAGACCUGACUACUUAUAGCCCCAGUCCCAGCACAGCCCAUUUGGUCUCAAUCAUCAUCCCCCGCACCUCCACUUACAUAUUCUUCUACUCAAAAUCAAAGCCUCUCUGAGAAGUCACAUCACCACGGCAGACCAUUGCCGUGAUGGGAUAUAACAUUCGCAGCUGAAGGCCUCAGUCAGAUUCCAUGCAGUCUCCUCAAAUAUGUUCACUAAGAUCCAAAGCCUUGAUAUUUUUUUCUGACCUUUGAAAGUCACCUUGGAAGCCUCCACAGCAGAAACUUCCAAGGUGAAAGUGCCACGCAUCUUUCCUCGGUCCACAAUCCACGCACUGUGUAAUUUGCUCCGAUCCCGAGGCCUUGAAAUAAACCUGGAUUUGAAUCGCAAAAGAGCAGGGAAACAGUUGGAUAAUGAAAGACCCCUAUUGCGUAGAACAUCAAAAAGGCUCGGACAUGAGAAGGUGGCAGAUGAUUGUUUUAGAACCAUAAGCAGAUUUGCCUGUGAGUACCAUUCCCAGUGAUAGUCACAGGUUAAUGGGACAACACAAGUCUCCUCCCCAAAAGCCAUAUUAACCACCGCUGGCACAACUGUUACUGUAACCGGACUUCCCCGGGGUUUAUUUGUAGAGUACAAAGCUCACACCAAUGAGAUGUCUCAUUCAUGGCUCUCUUAACAAGGGCCAGGAAAGGAAAUGGCUGUUGUACAUAUGGACAGAACAUGGCUCUACCAUGGGCAGUAUUCCAUGGAGCAGGCAAGAGAGUCGAGAUCUCCAGUUGGAAACUAAUUCACAAUUGUCUCAUGCCUCUAGUGGCUGUUAGCGGCCAUUCUUCACCACUGAACAAAGUUGGUGGAUGAUUUAAGGGUAAACUGAAUUCAUGCUGAGCAAUUUUAACAAGCAAUCCCUAUAGAAAAGGUUGGCACGUCCUCAUGCCUGAAAGCAUCUCUGGAAAAGAGAUGAGCACAAACAAGUCCUCCACCCCGACCCCACAGGCUAAAGGGUAAAGAGCAAAGUGUACAGAUGUACUCCCAGUGUAAGGGAACCCUCACAAAUAACCUUCGGAGGCAAAGAGCAGGAGAAGGGAAAGACAGACAAAAUUAGAGGUAAUCUUAGCGUGAGUGAGUGUACACAAUCCUCACAUUCCUCCAGCUCAACCUAGAGAUCGCCCAUGUCUAAGGCUGUAUUUUUAAUAACUUCAUCACACUUGGUAUCUCAUGAAUGGUGGUUUGGUGGUGAUAAUAGUGACGGAAGCUUAGCUGAAUCUUUCAGAUUUGAACCUCUCAGGCCAACAAAGGAAGUCUACAAAGAUUAUCGUUUUCAGCACACAACACAUACAUGAAGGUGUGUACCUCCUAUGUUAGUCAUUCUGUGGGGAAACACAAUGUAUAACAAUCAGAAACUUUCCGGUGUAUUCCUUCAGUAUUUUAGAGAUAAAAUUCGGCGAGGAAAGGAAAGGUAACAUGCCCAUGAUUGCUAACUGUGUUAAAAUUACGAUCAUCAGAAGUACUGUUACAAAUGCUUGUGUAAAAUACCUACAGCAAUGGAUCAGUACUAUUUGAAUUUAACUGUCAGUUUGUGCUCAUUAAAUAUUUUUUUAUCUGUGGUGUUCUAUGAUCCUGAAAUAGUGACCGUACACCUGAUAGGACCGGGAAAGAAAAUGGCCUCAUUGAAAUGUUAGAAGCAGAGAAAUUUAUUUAUUGUCUUCUGCCAAAGAAAAUUGUUUAAUGAUCUGUAAAAUGUAGAUUAACUUCUUGUAUUAUGAAUGUGAUUGUAAGAAAUGCUCACUCCAUCACUUACCUUUUGAAAAUGAAUCUUUUUGUGUUUCUCAUGACCAAGGGAAAUAAGUUUAAGCCGAUGUAAUACACAGAAGUCUAAGAAAAAGAAAGCUAUAGUUGGGUUUGAAAAUUCAGUGGCACAUUUAUCAGUCUUUUCCUCAAAUUCGGACAUCACACUAGGUUGCAUUUGGAGACCUUAAACACACCAACACUAAUGACAGCUCUUGUCUCACAGAGAAAGCAUUAAAACAUUUCUCUUCGAGAACAGUGAGUGGACAGAAAUGACUGUCUAAUUUUCUCACCCAACCACUCCAUACACGUUGUUGACUCAGAGGUCUACCAAUGUUGCAUAGAGAGUUAAUAGACUGUGUAUGCCAAUUUAAUCUGUGCAGUUAGCAAGAACUAGCCAUUAAACUAUAUAUUUAAAUGUUUUGUAAAUAAACUUUUGAUUACUACAGUUUUGUUCAAACUUCUGUCUUUUAAAAUAAUUAGACUUGAUUUGAAUUUUUUAAAUAAUCUGUUAUAUUAGAUGUUGCGUUAUUGACUGUGAUUCAAUGUACACUCAGCCAUAUUCCUGAGGGAAAUAUCAGUCCUAUCGACUCUCUUGGCAUGAGCCAGAAGCUCUUAGUUUCUCUAAGGACUUUAAGUAUAAAGAAAAAAAAAUAAAAAUAAAAAUGAAAUGCUAGUGAAGAAAUAAGAAGCCUAUUGUAUAAAAUGUAUUUUUAAAAAUCUUAAGAUUCCUGUGAUUUACACUGCCUGUUAAUCUAGUCUCUUUGUGGAAUAACCACAGCAUAUUCGUUAAAACAGAAACACCAAAUAUUUGUGAUCUUUGUAUAGCACCUUGUUAUAACAUGUGAUUUCAAAUAGUAAACAUCUCUGUUGUGAUCAUGUGAGCCCACAGAAGAAUAAGUCCCUGCUGUCAUGUAAAAUCCAGCUCUCAGAAUUGAGAUUCCCUGCAGCUGCUGUAUCAUCAAUAAACAAGAAUUAAUUGUGAAAAAAAAUACUUUUUAAGUUUAUGAUCACUGUGCAUUUUGUUAAUGAAUUCAGAAAAUUUUAUUUUUACCAGAAAUUCUCUCAGCCAGUAAAUACAACUGCUGAUUUCAACCAUACUAUCAUUUCUGUGGUUUCUAUAUUCUUGAUCUAACUACCAGAAAAAAAAAAUUGGAAGCUCGGUGCAAAGUAUGUCCUAACAAAGAUACAAUAAAUGACUUUUCCUGCAUGCUGCCUGAGAUAUAUUGUAAUUUGAAAUGUCUUAUCAAAAAAAGUAUCUAUUUCAUAACCCAAACUGUAACUGGCAAUAUUUCUUAUGUGUAUAACUGAUCGUAUGUCAAUAUCAAAGGCAAUGUCUGUCAUACAUAUAUGUUAUAUGUGCUGUUUAAUUGUGUUAAGCUGUAAUUUGUGAGAAUGUCAUUGCCUGAACUAGUUGACUGUGUACAAAUCAUUGUCUUCACUGUUUUCCUAAUCUCACCAUAUUUCCUAACAUUGAAAUAUAAAUGUUUGUAAAUGAGUCAUUCAUAUUCUA